AUGCGAUGCCGGGGAAGCUUGAGCAAGACGCAUGCGAGUGCUUCCAUUUUUUUCAACGCCUAUACAUACAGCCGAUUAGAUCUCGCCGAUCGCGUCGUUUAGUCUUCUGUUGCAGUAGCAGUACUCAGCACAGCUCUUGAUCGGUCGAGCUCUCGAUCGCGCGAGAUCAGUCAGAUCAGAACGAAGAAGAUGGCGCAGGCCGGGACGCUCGAGGUGCUGCUUGUCGGAGCCAAGGGGCUCGAGAACACCGACUACCUCUGCAACAUGGAUCCCUACGCGCUUCUCAGAGUCACCUCCAAUGAGCAGAGGAGCUCCGUUGCAGAAGGCAAAGGAAGUGAGCCGGAAUGGAACGAAACCUUUGUGUUCACGACCUCCGAAAACGCAACCGAGCUCUGCAUCAAGCUCCUGGACGACGACAAUGGUACCAACGACGACGAUGUUGGUGAAGCAAGGAUCCCUUUGGAUGCUGUCUAUACUGAAGGAAGCAUACCACCAACAGUUUACAAUGUUGUCAAAGAUGAAGAGUACUGUGGAGAAAUCAGAAUUGGUCUGAAAUUCACUCCAGAGGAGGCUUAGCAUUUAUUACCCGAGGAAAACUUCGGUGGGUGGAGACAAAUCAUCUUCUUGAGAGGAAGUGGAUGCUUUGUUGAACUUCAGUUAUGUGUGACAAGUCUUCUGCUAGAACACUUCACAGUAUUCCCUCUGUUAUGGAUAGCUGCAACAUAUUCAUGUUAAUUGGACCAUUUUCCAGUAUUUAAAUUUGUAAUAAUGUUUUUUUGCCAGUUGUAUGUAUUAAAACUAUGGAGGAACCGUUCUCUUUAAUGGUCACUAAACUGAUUUGUCA